GAAUUGAGAAGUGGUGGUAAUAACAAGAAUGAGAUCUAACAUGAGGGGGCCCCCUAAUUAAUUUAAGAGUUUAAGACCAGCGCCCAGAAAAACAGUCGCCCCCGAAGCCGCACACGCCGCACGCCUCUGCAUGUUUAUCUUAAAAACAAUAAAAUACUUUGAAUUUCAAACUCUCCCCCUCUCUCUUUCCAUUUCUAAAGCUGUAAAACAGUAUGCGGAUGCGACUUUAGGCACCAAAGCCACCCACUCCCUUCCUGCAGUAAUGGCUUUUGCCGCUCUCCUUUCCCACCACCAUCACCUCUUCCUCCUCCUCUCUUUUUCUCUCUCCACUAUUAAACGCACAAGACACUCUCUGCACUCUCUUCGUCUCCUAACAUAUGGGCUACCUCUCUUGCAAUGCAGAGUCCGCAAUAGCUACAUGCGACCCCUACAUCUGGGACAACAAACGGAAACCCUUUCAGAUUACCAACUUCUCCUAUGCUGAUCUUGAAUCCGCCACCAAUGGCUUCUCCGCUGAGAGUUUUCUCGGUAAAGGCAGCUAUGGCAGCGUUUACAGAGCCCUUCUCCACCACGGUAAGCUCAUCGCCGCCGUCAAGAGAGCCAUAGGCCCUCAGCAACACAAUAACAAGUGUGCCAGCUGCACCAACUGCUCCACCUGCUCCAAUUCCACCAGUCCGGCUGAUAACGAGAUCGAGAUACUGUCGAGAGUUCGAAAUCCUAGACUGGUGAAUCUAUUAGGCUUCAGUGUGGACAGGAACGAGAAGAAAUUGAUUGUGGUUGAGUUCAUGCCCAAUGGGUCUUUGUAUGAUAUUCUUCAUUCGAGUCCUAGACCACCCAGUUGGAGGCGGCGAGUCAGGUGGGCCUCGCAGAUCGCGAAGGCGGUGGAGUCGCUGCACUCGUCGAAUCCGCCGGUGAUUCACAGAGACAUAAAGUCUUCCAACGUUUUGCUGGAUGGGAAAUGGAAUGCAAGGCUUGGAGACUUUGGGCUGGCUUUGAGGGGACACGUGGAGGAUGUGAGGGUGAGGUGUACGCCACCCGCGGGGACGUUAGGAUACCUGGACCCGGGCUAUCUUGCGCCGGGGGAUUUGAGUACCAAGAGCGACGUCUUCAGCUUUGGGAUCUUGUUGCUGGAGAUGAUCAGCGGCCGCAACGCCAUCGACGUCAACUACAGUCCACCCUCGGUGGUGGACUGGGCCGUGCCCUUGAUCAAGCACACCAACUUCUCCGCAAUCUGUGAUCCCCGCAUCGGAGAGCCGGAGGAUCCUCGCGUGAUCCGGCAGCUGGCGGUGUUGGCCGCUCGAUGUGUCAGAUCAACGGCGGAGAAGAGGCCUGCGGCGACUGAGGUGGUGGACUGCCUCAGAAACGUGAGAAAGAUGGUUCAGUCGCCGCCGAUCUGGGGUAAUGUAAGGAGGCGAGUGCAGAGGCCGUCGAGGUCCCGGCAGAUGACACUGGAGGUGUUGGAUGGGAGCGGAGAGAUGGUGAAGACGAAGAAACUUGGAAGCAGAAGGAACAGGAAGGUAUCCAGUGUUCCGGGUGCAGAGGAGGGGAAUGAAGCGGUUGGUUCGUUGAGUGAUGGUGUGAUUAGAUCCAAAUCAAUUGGUUCGGGCAGCGAGAUUAAAAUGGGUUGGGAUCCAAAGAAGAAGCCUGGAUUGGUUGUGAAGAUGCCUGUUAUGAGGCUUGUGAAAUCAAGGUCCAUGGGGGUCGUACAAUCCAAGCGCUUGCUACAUUGCCAUCAAUUUGCCUUUGAACUUGACAAAAGGGCUCAUGCAUUCAGAGAAUUGAGUGAACCCAAGUUGUUGGUGAGUUGGGAUAAACAACCCCUGAUUCAAAAAUGCAUCUUAAAGCAAGAUACCGCUGUAAUUGAAUCGAAGGAACCGAAUCCGGUGGGCUCGAAGACCCUUUGAUUAUUACGUGGGAGAUCGGAUCCCAUCAACCUUUACAGUAAAUCAUAUGCUUGGGGGUUUGGAGAUUUCCCCGUUGAUCUAUCUUUGUUCCAAUUCAAUUGUGGGAGCUCCAAUUACAUGCUGUGGCAUAAAGUGAUGGUUUGGUUGUCAUUUACACUGAUUUGUGGUUGAAAAUUUUCUUUAUUGGUUGUAGGUUUGGACGCGAUCCUCAUCUUUCCGUCUUCUCUCCAUAACUGGGGAUUAAGGAAACAGAUAUGAGGCAUUAUUGCUAUUGCAUAAUUUGCAUUUGAUGUGUUCCAUGAUACUAGGGAUCUUAUAGCUAGUCAGAAGAUGUCAUGUAAAAUCUUCCGAGGCAUUGGUUAAAUCAUUGGUACAAUAAUUUAACAAUUUCCAAAUCUGUGAAGGUUCAACCA